AAUGUGGAUAGUCUCCCCAUCUUAUGUCUAUAGUUUGUUCUUGUACGAUUAUACCUGAUAAUGCAUCAAGCGGGAUCGGGUUAUGUACUGUACGUACUUUUGUACCUCUAAAUAAAUGAUUGGUCGAAUCGAUUGGUCUUAGAAUGGCAUCCAAACCGGGUCGAGGUUAAUAGGCUGGGGGAUCUCUACAACGACAACGCUAUUAAUUACUUCGGAAAAAUCUCGAAGAGAGAAAAGCCAUGGGCGUUAGACGGAUUCCUUAAUCCCACAAACGAAAAAACACGACUGGCGAAAAGCAAGACCGCGUUUAUAUGUAUUUUUAUUAUUACGUAUAAAUAAACGUAGUAAGAAAGCGUAUAUUCUUUUUAUUUUUGGAGUCUCCGGAACGAAUUAAUCAAAUUCCCACAAAAUCGAUAAUCUCGCGUUAACCGAUCGCCCACCGUGUUCUUAACUCUUCUCGCGGGCGUAGCUGCGGGGAAAGAUGGUUUUCCCAGUCGAAAAUUAUAAAAUGUCACGUUCGACCACGUGGCGAGAUUGACCGGUAAAUGUAUCAGAGAACUACGUCAAUAAUCUAAACGUCGACCGUAUCGCGUAUAAGUUCGCCGGUGUAAAAAUUCCGAAAGUAAAUUUAUAAUUACGUCACGCUAAUUUUUCGCCGUCGUCUUUAAUAAAACAUUAAAAUGUACCGGUACAUUAAUUUAAAUGACGUAAAAUUUGUUUUCCUUGCUCCGGGAAGGGGGCGCCAAUUAACGUUUUGCCCAAGGGAAAGGAAAAGAUUGGUACCGAAAACAGCCGCCGCGGCGCUUUCCGAACGGGCGAGUUACGGAACGACAAUUAAUUAAUCGGCCGACGUUUUGCCGACGUAAACGAUAAACGGGCAAUUUUUAAAGAUACGGGAGAUAGCGUUCCGGUUCGGCCGUAGUGGAAAGACACCCAGGCCUUAUCUUCCCGGGAGAUUAGUGACUCCGACCCUCUUCCCGACACUCCGCGCGCGCCGACGAAGUAAUCUCGGUGGGACGGCGGGCGCCGGGUCAGAUUCUUCGACUUUCUCGCGACAUGAACGGGAAGAAAGAGGAACCCGACGCGGCCACGCCUCUGUUAGCCUCCGCCUCCCGGGAACCCUAUCCCAAGGCCGUUUUCUUCUUGGUGGGAAACGAGUUUUGCGAACGCUUCUCCUACUACGGACUCAGAGCGGUGCUGACGCUAUAUCUGACCGCCGAACUGGGGUACGAGGAUAAGACCGCCACCGCCGUCUUCCACGCCUUCACCAUGCUGUGUUACUUCACCCCCCUCUUCGGAGCCUCCCUGGCCGACUUCCUUUGGGGCAAGUUCCGCACCGUGGUCGUUCUGUCCUGCGUCUACGCGCUGGGAGACGUUCUACUGUCGGUUUCCUCCGUUCCCCAUCUUCUUCCCGCCAGGGCCUUUUCCCUCUGCGGUCUGGUGGCCGUAGCCUCGGGCACCGGGGGCAUCAAACCCUGCGUUUCUUCUUUCGGAGGAGACCAAUUUCCGCCGCACCAGGAAGAACGGCGCCGGAAGUUCUUUUCGCUCUUUUACUUGGCCAUCAACUUCGGCAGUUUGGUGUCCAUGCUGCUCACCCCCGUCCUCAGAGCCGACGUCCACUGUUUCGGCCGGGCCACCUGCUUCCCCUUGGCCUUCGGUCUUCCCGCCGUUUUGAUGGUCGUCUCCACGGUCGUUUUCGUGGCCGGAAGACCCUUCUAUCGGGCGGCGGCUCCCUCCGGCAAUGGAGCCGCUCGAGUGUUCCGGUGCGUGGCGUACGCCGUAAGAAGGAGGUGGAAAUCGAAGGAAGAGGAAAAACGCGCCCACUGGUUGGAUUACGCCGACGACGGCUACGACGCCAAAACCAUCUCCGAUGCCAAAAUCUGCCUGCGUCUGCUACCCCUCUUCCUGCCUCUUCCGGUCUUCUGGGCGCUGUUCGACCAACAGGGUUCUACUUGGACGUUGCAAGCCACCAAGCUGGAUACGUCGAUGGGAGGAUACCGGCUGAAUCCCGACCAACUGCAAGCGGUUAAUCCACUGCUGAUCGUCCUCUUCGUCCCGCUGUUCGAGUCGGCGGUGUAUCCCCUGCUGGACAGGUGCGGUUGGCCCACCAGACCUCUGCAGAGAAUGACGGUCGGAGGUUUGCUGACGGCGCUUUCUUUCGUCCUGGCCGGAUUUCUUCAGUUGUCCGUGGAGAGUAACGUCUCCUCCCUUCCUCGGGGUUACGCGGGUCUGCGGAUAAUCGACGCUCUUCCCUGCGGCUCCGGCCCGCAACUUCCGUCGGACUGCCGACCCGGCACUUAUUUCCUAUCCGACCACGCUCUCUUUGUCUUCCGGUCCCGCCCCGUUUUCCACCAGAUGGAGGAAGACUUUGAGAAUCCUAAGACGGGGGAGGCUCGAAUCGGAAUAUUUUCUCCUCCGGAGAAUUCUACUUUUCGUUUUGUAAAUCCUCCCGGCGGUCCGGCCAGUACGUAUCUCCAUUUGGAAUCCGGAGAAUACGGGGUGUACGUGUUCUACCGUGGCCGUGUCGAAAAUAGCACCUUUGUUUUCGAGAGCGGAGUAAAUUACGACCUAAUCGUCGACCGGGAUGGAAAAUUGGUCUGGAAGAGUGGACGAAACGUCCCGCCCGCCUCUCCUUCCGUCCUGUGGCAGAUACCGCAAUACUUCCUCAUCACCGCCGGAGAAAUUAUGUACUCUAUCACCGGACUGGCUUUUUCUUACGCUCAGGCACCCGAAAGCUUGAAAUCGUUCAUCCAGGCUUCCUGGUUUCUGACUACGGCUUUCGGAAACCUGAUAGUUCUCGUUAUUGCCGAGAUAAGAAUAUUCGAAAAACAGUCUUAUGAAUUCUUCUUAUUUGCCGGACUGAUGGUUUUGGACAUGAUAGUUUUUGCUAUACUGGCCAGUUUUUACAAAUAUGUCAAAUCAACCAAGUAGCCAUAGAACUGUUCAUUAUUCUUGGGACUAAGAUCAAUUUCAAAAAUGUAAUGUAUAUAUAUUGUAAUGUUUGAAUAAUUUGUCAAUCCACUAAUAUAUUUCCAAUGCAUA